AUGGGGAAGCUUUGUGGGACUGUUGGGAUGGGGAGGUUGUUUGGGGAUGAUGGGACGGGGAAGUUGUGUGGGGAUGAUGGGACAGGGAGGUUGUUUGGGGCUGAUGGGACGGGGAGGUUGUUUGAGGAUGAUGGGACAGGGAAGUUGUCUGGGGCUGAUGGGACGGGGAGGUUGUUUGUGGAUGAUAGGACAGGGAAGUUGUUUGGGGAUGAUGGGACAGGGAGGCUGUUUGGGGCUGAUGGGACGGGGAGGUUGUUUGGGGCUGAUGGGACAGGGAAAUUGUUUGGGGAUGAUGGAACGGGGAGAAUGUUCGGGGAUGAUGGGACAGGGAAGUUGUUUGGGGCUGAUGGGACGGGGAAGUUGUUUGGGGAUGAUUGGACGGGGAGGUUGUUUGGGGCUGAUGGGACGGGGAAGUUGUUUGGGGAUGAUGGGACGGGGAGGUUGUUUGGGGAUGAUGGGACGGGGAAGUUGUUUGGGGAUGAUGGGACGGGGAGGUUGUUUGGGGAUGAUGGGAUGGAGAAGUUGUUUGGGGAUGAUGGGACGAGGAGGUUGUUUGGGGAUGAUGGGACGAGGAGAAUGUUCGGGGAUGAUGUGAUGGGGAAGUUGUUUUGGGAUGAUGGGAUGGGGAAGUUGUUUGGGGAUGAUGGGACGGGGAGAAUGUUCGGGGAUGAUGGGAUGGGGAGGUUGUUUGGGGAUGAUGGGACAGGGAAGUUGUUUGGGGCUGAUGUGAUUGGGAAGUUGUUUGGGGAUGAUGGGACGGGGAAGUUGUUUGGGGAUGAUGGGACGGGGAAGUUGUGUCGGGCUGAUGUGAUGUGGGGGUUGGGGGGUUUGGGGGGGUUAGGGCUGAUGCGAUGGGGGAGGGGGGGUUAG